AUGGACUUUGAAGAUAUUGUCGACAUGGAUUGGAUCGAUUCCAACACAACCUCCGACGACUCACUUCCCACGUCGUCGUCUUGUCAAGUCGCCAUCAAGCAAGAGCCAAUGGAGGACCAUUCACCUUUCCAAUCCAAUGCCUUUGAUGCCGAUUCCUUGUAUCGUUUUACUGAGCAGCCUUUCCUGUGGCAGCAAGAUUUAACCACUUCGGCGUCGGCGUCCGCAUCGUGUAGCAGCCCCGUGUCUCCCACCUCCUCCUCAUCUUUGCCUGAUAAGGAUGAUGACCAUCCAAUGUCGAAACAGGAGGAUGUCAAGUUGCCACCUGAGCUUAUGAUGCCAAGCACUGAACACAUCAAACAAUUGAUUGAAAUCGCCAAACGACAUUUGGCUUUGCGUGAACAAGGAUUACGACCCGAGGAUAUUCAUGGCGCCGCUGCUGCUGCUGCCGCUGCUGCUUCAAUGCCACUCUUUACCACAACACCCACGGUGAUGCCUGAUACUGUUGCACCUGAAUCUCUCAUGAAACUAUCGGCUGCUGCAGCUGUUGCAAUGAAUGUGGAUCAUCAAUCACAACCACAACAACAACAACCACAGGCCCCAAUGGAGAAAAAGACAUCUGAUGUGAAAAAACCAAGUAGCACAACACCACCUCCGACAUCAACGCGUCGUGCUUCAAGUGUCUCACUCAGCGAAGAAACCAUGACAUUAGAAGCGUAUGCUGAAUCGGAUGGCAUUGAUAUCAAGAAACUCACUCCAAAAGAACGUCGACAACUACGCAACAAGAUCUCGGCACGUAAUUUCCGUGUCCGAAGGAAGGAAUACAUCAAUACAUUGGAAGCUCAAGUGGAAGACCAUAAACAACAUGCUGAUCAACUUCAAUCACGGCUGGAUGAUGUUGAGGAAGAAAAUAAGCAGCUGCGUCAAGAAGUGGAUACAUUACGGCGUCAAAAUCAGCAAUUGCUUUUACAACAACAACAACAAAAAAGCACGGGUGCAUCUUCUUCUUCAAGUGAAUUGUCACGUACACCAUCAUCACCACGAGUAUCUUCACCUAUCCCCAAGCCCAAUCUUAACAAGGAUAUCAGCAUGCUUGGUAGCAAGGCUAGUGAUACUUAUCGUCAAGACACUCGGAUCCUUGUGUCCAACGCCGUGAUGCCUGUAUGGAACUUUGAUCGAAUCGUUGCAUCUCAGCACCCAACCACUACCACAAAGAUUGUAACUCAACCCUCUCCUCCUCCCACGACUCAUCUCAUGCAGAUGGCUGCUGGUUACUUGCUCGCCACUUUUGUGCAACUCACGCGUUCUGCUGCUAUCACCAAUACGGGAUUGUUACCGACAACCACUGAGUGCCACCAUACACAAGAUCGACAACAACAACAACAACCACUACCACUACUACCAGAGGAUCGUGACUUUUCAAAAUCAACAACGACACACGAUGGUCAUGUCGUAUCGGCAGAGUACAUGGAAUAUUUGUAUGAUACCUUGUUAAUGUCUUCUCUGGAAUCCAAUGCUGCCAGUAAAGGUUUCUGGUGGUGGGGUAACAAUGAUCCACAUUUCAAUUUUUAA